CUAUAUAAAGUAAGUGAAUGAGGGAUAGCCGCUCUCAGAAAACAUAUCAUAUUGUUAUAGUUCUCAUUUUUAAUACUUUUCUUGAAAUAGUUCUCGAAAUGACUUCAAGAUUCAUCCGUUCGAUUUCUUCCUCAAGGUGUGAUGGGAAGAGUGAAAAUGAGAUGAAUAACGGGGAUGAAGAGAGUGGUAAAUACCCUCUUGCGACUAUUUUAAGUAUGCGAGGAGGAGAUGGACACAAUAGCUACUCUACCAACUCUCUUCUUCAGAGAAGAGUUUUAUCAAUGACCAAGCCCAUCCUGGUUAAAAACACUAAAGAAAUGAUGACAAACUUGGACUUUCCUAAAUGCAUUAAACUAGCAGAUUUGGGCUGUUCUUCAGGACAAAACACGUUCACGGCCAUGUCUGAUAUCGUUAACACAAUCAUUGCGUUAUGUGAAGAAAGCAACAAAAACCCUCCAGAGAUAGAUUGUUGUCUGAACGAUCUCUCUGGUAAUGAUUUCAACAUGACAUUCAAGUUCCUAACCUUCUUCAACGAUAAGCUCACAAGCAAAAUACCAUGCUUUGUCUCUGGAGUGCCUGGUUCCUUUUACUCAAGGCUCUUUCCUCGCAAGAGUCUCCAUUUCGUUCAUUCAAACUACAGUCUUCAUUACCUCUCUAAGGUUCCCGACGGACUUGAGAAGAACAAGAUGAGUGUGUACAUAACAGGUUCAAGUCUUCCAAGUGAACACAAGGCUUACCUGAAUCAGUUCCAGAAAGAUUUUACGACAUUUCUAAGAAUGCGUUCUGAAGAAGUGGUAUCUAAUGGACGCAUGGUUCUCACAUUAAUCGGCAGGAAAACUCUUGAUGAUCCACUAUACAGGGAUUGUUGUCAUUGGUUGACAUUGUUAUCCGAUUCUCUCCGUGACCUAGUUUUCGAGGGUCUUGUGAGUGCAUCAAAGGUGAGUUCGUUCAAGGUGCCGUUUUAUGAUCCUAACGGAGACGAAGUGAAAGAACUAAUUAGAAAUGAGGGUUCAUUCAUGGUAAACGACUUGGAGACACAUAUAUUUGAUCUCGGUCUUAGUAACGAAGAAUAUGGCUUGCAAUCAGAUAGAGCAAAAGCAGGGGAAAAGGAAGCUAAUUGCAUAAGAGCAGUGACUGAAACAAUGCUUGUAGCUUACUUUGGAGAUGCCAUUAAUAUCGCUACAUUGUUUGAAAAAUAUGCACAUCAUGUGUCGCAGCAUGCUAGCUGCAAGAACAAAACGUCUGUCAGUCUAGUCGUUUCGCUGAUUCGGAAAUAAAUUUUAUUAUGUAACCCGUGCGAUGUGCCAGGCCUAAAUCAAUAUAAAUCACCACUAAAAAUCCAUAAAAAAAAAAAUACCCAUUUUGUUACGCCAAAAACUCCAGACUUAAAUUUUCGGAAAUCUUAUCUAUACUAUUAAA